ACCAUCAGUCAGCAAUGGCCGCACUUGGUUCUUGUCGUUAGUGGGUGAGGUCGUGUUCAUUUUGACCGUGUUAGGUAGAUAGAAAUUGUUGAAUUGAACCCAAAAGCCACCGCCAGUCGGCUUGUGGGGAUAACUGCGAGAAGGUGGAGGUGGCUUGAUAUACAUGGACGGAGCAACGACGGGGCCACAUGAUGAGCGGACACGCUGGCUCCUCGGGACAAGUGGCUCGGUCACAGGGUUGCAGGUAUGCUGGAGCCUAUCCCAACUGACUUUGGUGCACCCUGGACCGAUCGCCAGCCGAUUUCUCAUCCAUCACCUGUAAAAUAUCAAUGAAUAUCAGCUCCUCAUGGGACCAGUCUGCUAACCAAGCCAAUAAGACAACCAGCCGCGUAUAAAGUGGCGGUUGGGGUUGAGGUCAGAGCUCUCAAGGGCUUCCACACAAAAGCCACCCAAGCAUCACGCUGGAACAGAAACACAAAUUUGAAAGCCAAGAACUGUCCGUAAAGAAUGAAACCUCACACGGAACAAAGGUGGCCUCCAUGAUCGGUUUCUGUGGCAACGUGCUUUUCAAAAUAGAUCCUCUCCUGUCGCGAGUGGUCUCUGUGCUGAUGCGUGACUCAUUCCUUGCUCAUUACCGGCCCACUCUCACUCCAGCUCCCCUGCUUGGUUAUCUGGCGGCGAAAGGUUGUGGGGGGCGGGGUGGCAGCCACCAUAGCCGAUGAAUGCGUGCCGCCAUUGGCUGGUGGGAUCCAUUUAAUCUGCCGUGACUGUUCUGAGAGUCCACCCCCCCUCCUGUACUCCUCCCCCUCACUCUGCCUGCCCUGACAGCAUCUAAACACAGUGUGCUGCCUGUGUUCCAGGGAGAAUAUCAGCUCGGCACAGCGAGGAGAGGAUUAACGCAACCACACAUCUCAUCUGCAUACGUGUUCCGAGGGAGCUUCAAGAAAAAGCGUUUGGUCUCCAACCUUUGUCUCCUUGUUCACUGCUCUACCAGGACUCUUCUUCUUGGGAUCAUUUCAACAAUGAUGUUCAUGCUGAUGUUCAGUGAGGACUUGCUUUGAGCAUCAGGGACUUUCUUCAUGUUUGGACUCCGGGGGGGUCUCCUCACCUGAGCUGGGAGACGGCCGAGCCUAGGAUGCCGUCCGAGGAGCCCUACGAGGCUCACAAGGAGGACAAGUCUGUAGUGCAGAGGUCCAAGCGAGAAGCCAACCAGGAGGAGAUCUUGGCAGCCGCUCUUGGGAUGAGGAUGGGGCCAGAGAAACCUUCGGCAACCUUCUGGCAGCCUCUUAAACUCUUCGCGUACUCACAGCUCACCUCACUGGUCCGCAGAGCCUCGCUGAAGGAAACCGACCGACCGCAAAGAUCGGAGAAAGUCCAUAACUUCAAGGUCCACGCCUUCCGCGGGCCUCACUGGUGCGACCACUGUGCCAGCUUCAUGUGGGGGCUGAUGGCUCAAGGGGUGAAAUGUUCAGACUGCGGCGUCAACGUCCACAAACAGUGUUCGCCUCUGGUUCCCAACAACUGCAAGCCCAGCCUGCGACACAUCCGUAAGGUGUACAGCUGCGACCUCAGCACCUUGGUGAAAGCUCACAACACGGCACGCCCCAUGGUGGUGGACAUGUGCAUACGAGAGAUUGAGUCGAGAGGACUGAAGUCUGAAGGCCUUUACAGAAUAUCCGGAUUCAGCGACUCGGUAGAAGAAGUCAAGAUGGCAUUCGACAAAGGUGGAGAGAAGACUGACAUCUCAGUGAAAGCCUACGAAGACAUCAACAUCAUCACGGGCGCGCUCAAGCUCUACCUGCGGGAUUUGCCCGUUCCCGUCAUCUCGUACGACGCUUACCCGAGGUUCAUCGAGGCUGCAAAGUUCACAGAUCCAGACAAGAAGCUUGAAGCUUUCCGGGAGGCUCUGGCUCUGCUGCCCCCUCCCCACAACGAAACGCUCAAGUAUCUCAUGGCACACUUAAAAAGGGUGACACAAAACGAGAAAUACAACCUGAUGAACGCAGAGAACCUGGCCAUCGUUUUCGGGCCCACCUUAAUGCGCACCCCCAAUCUGGACGCCAUGACCGCGCUCAACGACAUCCGCUUCCAAAGGCAGGUGGUGGAGAUGCUGAUUAAAAACGUAGACGUGCUCUUCUGAACGCACAUCGGUUCCUUCGCACACAUAAAAAAAAGAUUUUUAAAAAUUUGUAUGGACUCUUCUUACCAUGCACGAGGUGACACUUUUCUCGACUCCGUGCGUCCCCAUUUUUGUCGGGGUGGGGUGGGGGGGAUGGGGGGGUUGUGUGCUGCUGACAGGCCAGCAUGCAUCGGUGCUUUGUAUCUCAGCAUGUGGAACGAUUGUGUUGCUGUGAUUUUUGCUUUAGUCUGUGCUGUGAUAGAUCUAGUCCACGUACCCGGUUGCAGUUCUUACAACUUUGUAUGACAACUAAAAAUAAGCUACUGGUUUUUGUUGUGUGGGUGAGUGGGUGGGUUCGGUGGAUGGGUGGGUAUCGGGGUCCUUUUUACAAUGUCUUAUUUUUUUAUGACCUCUUUGUUUAUUGAACCUUUCAAACUCUCCUGUCAGUGUUUGCCUGACUUUUCUUGUAGCAUUAUUUGUACAUUCAUUUUGUACUGUCAUUAUUUGUACACAACUUGUGCAUGAGCCGUUUAAUUUAUUAAACCUGGUCAAAUACU